AUGGAUAUAAGCAAUCAUGCUAAAUUUUCGGAUUCUGAGCUGGGGGUCAGUGUAAUCCAAACUCGGAACUUGGACAUUGUACCCCAGCAAGAAAGCCAAGAGCAUACCACUCCCGAACUGGAGAAUGCAUCCAGUUACAUCCCCACGGAAGGAGAGAACGACAUACCCAGCGAAGAAGAAGAUGAACUUGUGAUUGUCGAAACGCAGAUGGUGGAAGCCGCUGUCGAGUUUGCAGCUGCAUCUCAGGCUGCCCAACGAAGCCAGCACUCGCACAGAAACACCGAGUUCUCAAAGGAUUCCCUACUUCUUGUCUUUGAUGAUACGGAGAUGAUGGAUAUUCCAGAAGACCGCGACCCCGAACAGGACUAUCUUGAACACAAUGCCAAGCUGAAUCGCCCAAACUUGUCAGGCUACGAUAUCCCUAUCGGCCCAUUCGAAUCGGAAGAAUACCAACAAGAUCUCAGGGUGGAUAAGAAAGUAUCCUUAUUCAGCCUGAUUCCAGGAGUACAGACUGCCGAACAAGUUUUCUCGGCCUCAAAGCGUCUCGCGCAGAGUGGCAUCGGCAAUGUGACCGAAAGCAUCAUGAGCCUGGCCCCACGCACUCGCAAAGCCGCAGUGGCUACUCGCCAAGUCGGGCAGUUCUUCGCGGACUCAGUAUUGAACGCUGGGCAAGAUUUUACGAUCAGAGUUCAAGAAUCAUGGUGGACCUGGCCCAGGGGGAUUAAUGGUGGUGUUCGGAACAUCAGCUAG